AUGUGUAGGACAUUGAGGCAUGGAAUAUGUUGGAAAGAUCAUUGCCAGAUGAUACCAAUAGAAGCAGGAUUCUCUUCACCAGCAGCCCUGCUGAAAGCUUCAAAAGUGCUAUCAAGGUCACCACUCACUUUUGCUCCAGAGAAGAAUAAGUAUAUAGCGGAGGAAUUUGUUGAUUCUCUCCUUGGUGCUCUUAGCCAGAUACUAGAAUGUCAUGCCAUGUUUACAGUUACCAUGCAGGAUCAAAUGCUGAAACUCCAUGAGGGAGUAAAAUUCCUGAGUAUUCUUCUCCAUGUGAAGCAGGAGAAGUUCUAUGCACUAUCUAAUGGAAUGAAGGAUCGAAUUGGAGCUAUGAUCAUUGAUGCAGGAAUUGUUAUUUGCUCACUUUCUGUCAGGAAAAUAAAAUAUAGCUUAGCAAAGGAAACAGAUCUCGCACUUCUUUGUUUGUUGAAAGACCUCCGAUUUGUGAUGGAAGAAGUUGCACAAACUUAUCCGCCAACUUCAUCAUCACUUAGUUUCCCUAGGACCAACGAGUUGGGCUCCAUUGAUUUCUUCUUAGAAAAUCUCAAGGAACUAGCAACUUCUGAGGCUGGUUCAAUUGCUUUCCCAAAGGAUCAAAUCCAAAGAGUUCAAGAAGAUCUUAUAUUUUUAAGAUCUUUCCUAUGGAAAAUUGUGAAGCAGCGCAACCAGAAUGGAAAACUCCAGGCUCUUUGGGAUCAUGUUAUGGAGGUGGCCUACAAGACAGACAUCAGGAAUGACAAUGAAGCACAGAGAGUUACCAAGAAAUCUAUUCACUUGGAAUCACAACUCAGUACCCCAGCACUGGAUGAAGUUCUGGUGGGCCUUGAUGAAGAAGUAAUGACAAUUACAAAUAGACUUACCAAGGGUUUAAAGAAGCGGGAUAUUGUUUCAAUUGUGGGUAUGGCUGGACUUGGUAAGACAACAUUAGCCAACACUGUUUACCACCAUCCUUCAAUUUUAUGCCACUUCCAUAUUCGUGCUUGUUGUACUGUUUCUCAAGUAUAUAGCAAGCACAAUUUGUUACUUCAGAUUUUAUGUAGUGUGGUUUAUAGGUUCGCUGACCAAUCUGUGAAGGUGAGCCCUGACAAAUAUCUGAGGAUGGACGAAGACGAUUUGGCCGCAGAGUUAAAGAGGGUUUUGUCAAGAAAUAUGUAUCUCAUUGUUUUGGAUGAUGUGUGGGACAUUGAAGCAUGGAAUUUGUUGAAACAUUCACUACCCAAUGAUGCCAAUGGAAGCAGGAUUCUCUUUACCAGCAGGUUUCAGAUUUUGUCUUUGCAAUUUAAGCCUGAUAGCAAGCCUUACCAUCUCCGCCAACUUACUGGCAAAGAGUGUUUUGCAUUGCUUCAGAGGAAGAUAUUUGGCAAAAAAAUUGUCCUUCCACACUAA